UGUUCAGGUACUAGAGCCUCAGAAUGUGGACCCAUCCAUGAUCCAGAUGACCUUCCUGGAUGAUGUGGUUCACUCUCUGCUGAAAGGAGAAAACAUCGGCAUCACCUCCAGACGAAGGUCAAGAUCCAGCCAAAACAACAGCGCACACAGUCACUACACACGUGCCCAGGCCAACAGUCCCCGCCCCGUCAUCACAGUCGGACCCAUUGCAAAAGGCUCUCAAGGGAUGCUGGCCUCCCACCAGCAGAACCAGCAGCCAGUGCUGCAACUGCACCAGUCGCACCACUCACCUGUAGGCAGUGGGAGGGAGCAGCGCAAUGUUCGACCCUCCCGCAGAAAAGGUUCAGACAGCAGCGUUCCUGAAGACGACAAGGAGAGGAGAGAGGAGUCCGCCGUGAGGG